AUGCCCGCCGUUGUCGAUGCCGAGGAGCAGGAGAAGGGAGUCCCAGUACAGCCAUUCGGGAAUGAGGUCGAAGGGAACACGGUUUUGGCUUAUAUUCUUGGCCAUUUGCAUUUCGCUCUUUCUACCACUGUGUCCACCGCACUACCAAUCAUCGUGCAUGACUUGAACGGCGCUGAUUUCGUCUGGGUUGCAUCAGCUUACGCUCUGGCUGCGACCACUCUGCUGUCCGUGACGGAUGGCAUGUCCCAGGUAUUUGGCCGGCAGCCUUGCAUGCUCUUGUCGCUGGCUUUGUUCACCCUUGGCAGCGCCCUUUGCGGGUCUGCCAAGACAAUGAACUGGUUGAUUGCAGCUCGCACGCUCCAGGGUGCAGGUGGCGGCAGUAUACUCGCCAUCUCUGCAAUAGUCAUUUCCGACCUGGUUCCAUUGGCCGAGGGCGCGGUGUACAAUGGAUUUAUCGGCAUCAGCAAUGUGCUCGUCAUCGGUAGCUCCACUGCCAUGGUCCUCGCUCUCACAUGGGGUGGUGUGCAGCAUCUCUGGAGCUCUGCACAGAUAUUGGUACCACUCGUCAUCGGGCUUCUCGGCCUGUUGUUGUUCUUGCUGUACGAAGCGAAGGUUGUGAAGCAUCCUCUGGUUUGGAGAGUGACUAUUUGCAUGGCUGUGUUGCAGACACAGCUAACCAAGUGGCUGCUGACAGAGUUUGUGAGCUCACUCCCUGAAGGCGUCUCCAUUGUGUACUCCACAAUACCUAUUAUCCCAGGUCUGUCCAAGCCGCUGCACACGCAAGUGCGUGCUGCAUUCGCAGACAGUAUCUGCAUACUAUGGCAAGUUUCCAUCGGCAUUGGUGGCAUUGGUGCCUUGGUAUCACUGUUCAUGAAGGGGCUGCUGCUUCACAAGCAGGUUGACAAAAAGUGGGGUAUUGAGGAGAACACAAGUCAGGAGUGGGCUGACGAGGAGAAAUCUCAGGUUACAGCUCUCGAGAUUGAAUCAACCCUCUCUCAGUAA